AUGAGUAAACUCGACGAUAUUUUCGGAAAAAAGAAGGAAGCUGUUCCCGUUCUUGACUUGAGCAAGUCAACAGCGACAAAUAAAGAAGAAUUUAAACGUCUCAUGGAGAAAGUUCCUGAUUACAAGAUGCGAGCAAUCAAAGUUCGAACGGAAGAUAUCAAAAUUAAAGACAAGGAUUGGUCUUUCAAGACACCGAAAAAAGAAAAUCGACAGUUAAUUAAAAAUAAUGGACUUGUAGAUCCUGCUUCUUACAGUUAUAUGGAUCCCGUACCGCAGGAAAUGGCAUCAAUUGUGUUGAUGGAGCUCUGCACGAUUCAAAUUGAUUGGAGAAUGUUGACAACUGCAAGACCUAAAACGAAAACAGAGGAAGAAUAUUUCAGCAAAUUGGUAGAAUUGGGAAAGUUACAAAUCAAAACUGAAAUACGAGAAAAACGUGAAUUAAUUCAAAAUCCGUUCAGCAAGAAGGUAAAAAAUCGUUCGGGAAUCGUUGAAACACGAAUUAUCACGUGCACAGAUUGUCUCGAAGAGUUUUGUAAUGGAAAUUAUUGCAACGAUUUCAACUAUGACAUGUAUUUGAGGGUUCCUGUGAAGCAGCCUGUGAACAAAGAUGCUCAAAUGUCAGAACGAGAGCAAAAACGGUUAAUGCGUGCGGGAAUGGCGAAACCGACAACAAGUAAAAAAGGGAAAAAAGGCAAAGAAGGAAAACCUUCAAAGAAAAAGAAGAAACGAACAAAGAGUAAAAGUCCAUCUCGAAGAUCUGAUUAA